AGGUUAAUGAAAUCAGUUCAUCAAAUUUCUUGCCAACGGAUACUUAGAAGGAUGAAAGCUACUGGACUGAUUUUAAUAGCCUUUGGCUUUGCCGCUAUGGUCCAGGCCUCCAAACGUGACUAUGCCCUAAAGUGCAACCCCGAAGAAAUGGGCAUACGCUGGCCCAGCUAUAAAAGUAAUGCCGAAUACUAUGUUUGUCAUCGUGUAGGCGAAAGACCCAUGGUCAUGUCCUGCAAUCCUGGUGAAAUCUUUACCUUUGUCUUGCAAAUCUGUACCGCCCCCAACAAAUAUAUACCAGCACCAGAAUUGCAUGUGUUGCCCACAUCUUCACCUUUCAUUGGCUCUCAUCAUCACGGCAGCAAUCAACACAAACAUUCUGAUUCAUUCAGACCUUUGGAAAUUUUCGCCCAUCCACCAAUUUUAUCUGAGACACAUCAUCAUGCAAUGCCUGCCCUUGUACCCGAAAUGCCAAUUCAAAUGAUUGAUGAUGUGCCAAAACCCCCAAUAAUGACGGUGGAUGAGUUAAACAGGGAAAAUUCUAUGGCACAUGAAGCCGAAAUAGCCAUUGAAUCCGGCAAACCUCAACAAGCAGCUGGUGUUCCACCCAUGCCUCCUACCCCAGCUCCCACACCACCAGUUGUGGAUGUUCAUGCCGAGAGUGGUGUGCACAAGCCCAGCAUUGGUGGCGCUAAGAAACCCUCAGCCGAAAAGAAGAAGUCUGCGAUUAAGCCAGGCAAGAGCGAGAAGAAGCCCGCGGACACCAAGGAAGGAAAGAAAUUACCCAAGAAACCUGCUAAGACGCCAGCUAAAAUAGCCAAGAAACCUGCUCCAGCUCCUAAGAAAUCAGCUCCAGCUCCAAAGAAAUCUCCCAAAGCUACCAAAAAGGAGGAAUAGAGAGGCGAUUGCAGAGUAGGAGGGUUUUUUGUUUUUAAAGUUUCCUGCAAUGUAGAUUUUAUUUUUUUACGCUGAGCCAUUUGGAGUCAGUUUUCGUAUUAAUUUUAUUUGUUUUCAAAGAGAAAAAGCUACUACAUUUCAAAUAAAGACUAUGCAACGGAGAUACAUACAUACAUACAUAGAUAAAUAUAUAC